CGCACCGUGAUUCCUCCUUUGGCCUCGUCGGCUCCUCGGUGCUCGUCCGGCUAUUGUUGUGCGUCUUUCGGGGGAAACCUCGACCCACGAGCAGGCGCCGAUUUCUGGAUAUUCUCACAGUUUUGACUUCGCUCCGAGCUCCGCCACACAAAGCGGUGGUUGUCGGGCCGGCGACCUGCGUCCUGCUGCGGAAGGAACAUCCAGGAUCCCGGCAGGCGGAGGAGGAGGAGGACUUUGGGCUGGAGAAGUGAGUUAAUCGGUAUGGGACAGACCGAGAGUCCACGUUAGAGACAGAAGGAUCGUGCCCGUGCGUGUGUCGGCGGUUUUUCACUUUUCUCUGGAUUGUGAAAAGGAGACUAAACCCCGUGCGUAAAAGCACCAGAGGACGCAUGUAGCCGAGGGACACCGCUGCUGAGGUCGCGUUCAAGGCUUGACGAUGGGUUGCGUGAGGAGUAAAGAGGACAAGGGCCCGGCACUGAAGUACCGACCCGAUAACUCAAAUGCAACGCCAGUAAACUCCCACCUGGGCCACUACGGGCCCGACCCCACCCUGAUGGGUCACUCGCCUGCCAUGAAGCCACACAACAACAGCUACAACAGUCACGCCGCCUCCCUCACACCCUUUGGCGGGGCCUCCUCGGUCAUGACGCCCUUCGGCGGCGCCUCCUCCUCCUUCACCUCGGUGGCCGUGAGCAGCCCCUUCCCAGGCGUCAUCCCAGGCGGUGUAACUUUUUUCGUAGCCCUGUACGACUACGAGGCGAGGACGUCAGAUGAUCUGUCUUUUAAAAAAGGGGAUCGCUUCCAGAUCAUCAACAACACGGAGGGCGACUGGUGGGAGGCUCGCUCCAUCAACACCGGACAGAAAGGUUACAUCCCCAGUAACUACGUGGCUCCAGCCGACUCCAUACAGGCUGAAGAGUGGUACUUUGGUAAAAUGGGCCGCAAAGACGCGGAGCGCUUGUUGUUGCUUCCAGGGAACCAGCGGGGCACUUUCCUGGCCCGAGAGAGUGAGACGACUAAAGGUGCCUACUCUCUGUCUAUCCGGGACUGGGAUGAGGUGAAGGGAGACAACGUUAAACACUACAAGAUCCGCAAGUUGGACAACGGUGGUUAUUACAUCACCACCCGGGCCCAGUUUGAUAUGCUACAGAAGCUGGUGAAACAUUACACAGAACAUUCGGAUGGUCUGUGCUACAGAUUGACGACUGUGUGCCCGACAGUGAAGCCUCAGACUCAGGGACUAGCCAAGGACGCCUGGGAAAUCCCUCGAGAUUCCCUCCGACUGGAGAUCAAACUGGGACAGGGCUGCUUUGGAGAGGUCUGGAUGGGCACAUGGAACGGCACCACCAAGGUGGCGAUCAAGACCCUGAAGCCCGGCACCAUGUCCCCGGAGGCCUUCCUGCAGGAGGCUCAGAUCAUGAAGAAGCUUCGACACGACAAGCUGGUGCCUCUGUACGCUGUGGUGUCCGAGGAGCCCAUCUACAUCGUCACCGAGUACAUGGGCAAAGGUAGCCUGCUGGACUUCCUGAAGGAGGGCGAUGGUGGAUAUCUGAAGCUGCCGCAGCUGGUGGACAUGGCUUCACAGAUCGCAGACGGCAUGGCCUUCAUCGAGAGGAUGAACUACAUCCACAGGGACCUGAGAGCUGCCAAUAUUUUGGUGGCUGACAACCUGGUGUGCAAGAUCGCCGACUUCGGCCUGGCUCGGCUCAUCGAGGACAACGAGUACACAGCCAGACAAGGAGCUAAAUUCCCCAUCAAGUGGACGGCUCCUGAAGCUGCUCUUUACGGCCGCUUCACCAUCAAAUCAGACGUCUGGUCGUUUGGUAUACUACUGACUGAACUGGUGACCAAAGGCAGAGUACCAUACCCAGGUAUGGUGAAUCGAGAGGUACUCGAGCAGGUAGAGAGAGGGUACCGCAUGCCCUGCCCCCAGGGCUGCCCCGAGUCUCUCCAUGAGUUGAUGCGGCACUGCUGGAAGAAGGAGCCGGAUGAGAGACCCACAUUCGAGUACAUCCAGUCCUUCUUGGAAGACUACUUCACAGCCACAGAGCCACAGUACCAGCCAGGGGACAACCUCUAGUCUGAUUUCAGGACAAAGUCUUUGUCGCUGCAGAGAAGAGCAUCGCAGAGCUCGAAGCAUCGGACAACAGAAGAGUUCUACAAGGCUGCGGAUGCUUGGCUGAAGCUGCAGAGAAAGAGAUUUUACAAACUAGUCCACAACCACACUGGCUCACUUGCAGGUGCAAGGAAAAAAUAAAGCAUUUUCUGAAGUAGAGGUUUGUCCCUUGCGUUCCUGGGGACCAAAUAUUUGAGGAGGUGUCCAAGCGUGCAGAUUGGUGCUGGUACGUUAAGCUCUGGGAACCCUGCUAAUCAGAGUAAUCCACAGGGACUGGCCACAACACUGUGAUCCAACAGAGAGGGAUUGUCUCCUGAUUUCAAAUCUACUUGCAGAUGCACAGUUAGUUUUUUACUUUUUAUAAAUGAUAGAUUUCCCUCAUCUGCUCCGAUUCUCCCCCUUUUUAUUUUGUUUUAUUUGACAAACACGAUGCUUUGAUAUUGGAGUCGAAAUCUUUUUAUAUGUACGAACAUGAGUUUGGUUUGCUGGUCGAUGAGUGUGUUGGUUUUAAGUGACCAACAGCUGUGGUUGAGUUGUGAAGUAUGUGCUGUGACUGUAAAGCGUCGUUAGAGAACGGUGGGGUGAAGUAAAUGGGGGGGGGUAGAGAUGGAUGUAAGAAUGUACUGAGAUCAGAUGUUCACACAGGACGUGCAGGCAGUGUGUGUUUCAGCAGGUAUCAGACGGACGAAUGAGAAGAUGAAAGUGAUUUGAAUGAUUCUUUUUAACACUUGAGCAGAGAAUCACGUCUGUUUAUUAUGUUUCUACAUUUGUCAUUUAAUAAACCGGGGAACUUAAAAUCAUUAAGAUGUAUUUUGAUGUUUCACAGAUGCAAAAAAAAAAAGGAGAUUUCUUGUUUAGCAUUUUAUAAAUGUUUUGAAAUGGACACUUCAGCUGUGAAAUGUAAGUCGGAUGGAAUUUUUUUUUCUUUUCCGUGCACGACUCUGUAAACAGACUCUAACCCAGUUCUCCUCACGUUGCACACGUCUACACAGUUUAAUGAUGCAGUAGAUGAGUCAGUGAUCGACGGACGAGGGGACUGUUAGAUGUGUUAACUUCAUGUCGUUGUGUCGCGCAGAAAUGCAGCUGUUGUAUUUCCUCCUGUCGGUAAAAUCCCACCAACCUCUGACUCUUAACACGUCAGGUUCUGUGUCUGCUGGUGGGAAACUUGCACCCAAAUCCAAUUCCGCAUUAAAACAAAUCUCUUAAUUUGUGAAUGCAACUAUGCAAAAAAAACAUCCAGCGAUGUUUACCUAGAAUAUGUGUUUCUCCAUUUUUAUCCUAUGGUUUUUUUCCAAACUCUUAUUCCCCCCCAGCGGUGAACGUGAUGGAUCACUUCUGGAACCAGAAAUAAAUGGAGGCAGACGAAACACCUUGCACACGCUCGGCCCCAGAUGGGGCUUCAGAGCUUUAUAGAGAUUGGGAAUAUAAAGUGUUUAGAGGUACUUCCACUGUGUGAUGAGAGAUUUGAGAUGAUGUAAUUCAGCAAGAAAGCUCAAGAAUUGGACAAAGAUGUGAACAGUUUCCUUUUUUUGUUGUUAUUAUUAUUAUUUCUUUCUGUGCGUCGCUCACCAGAACCUAAUAUGUGAUCGCUCCUAAAGGUGGGGACUUGAACUAGUGGAGAGAUAAUAAUGAAAAUACUGAGAAUGCUAACUAAUAUGAUUUUUGUACAGAAAAAAUAAAAAGUUUUACUCAAA